UCCCUUCGUCUCCCUUUCUGUAUAUUAUGCGCGCGCGAGCGAGCGAGCGAGUCGCGCGUCGGAAGGAAAAGCGAGCCUCGGUUUCCAGCUGAGCGCUUGCUCUCUCGCAGCGAGUGUGUUGGUAUUAUUAUCCAGCCUGCUCCCAGCUCAGAAUGGCCAGAUUCACCCAGACUGAAUCAGGGAAGCCGCAGCAACCGCAACAGCCCCAUCCCGCUCACACCAGCCUGCUUUUCACCGGACCGGGAGCAGCGCCGAACCAGCAUCCUCUACUCCUGAUCCCGCACCAGCACCAGUACUCCCAGAUCACAUUUCCGAAACCCAUGAACGGGUCAGAAUCCAUUUCCAUUCAUCCGGAGAGCGGCAACAACAUGAAAGACCAAGAUGCUAUAAAGCUGUUUAUCGGACAGAUACCGCGGAAUCUUGAGGAAAAAGACCUGAAACCUCUUUUUGAACAAUUUGGGAAAAUCCAUGAAUUGACAGUUCUAAAGGACCGUUAUACUGGCAUGCACAAAGGCUGUGCGUUUCUCACCUACUGCGCACGUGAGUCUGCCAUCAAGGCCCAGAAUGCCCUUCACGAACAGAAGACACUGCCAGGGAUGACUCGCCCCAUCCAAGUGAAGCCAGCGGACAGCGAAAGCCGUGGAGAAGAUAGGAAGCUGUUCGUGGGAAUGCUGAACAAACAGCAAACUGAAGAGGAUGUGUACCGGCUGUUUGAACCGUAUGGAGUCAUCGAGGAGUGUACUGUCCUGAGAGGUCCUGACGGAAACAGCAAAGGUUGUGCCUUUGUGAAGUUUUCUACACAUGUUGAGGCUCAGUCUGCGAUCAGCGCGCUACACGGGAGCCAGACCAUGCCUGGUGCUUCCUCCAGUCUGGUGGUGAAGUUCGCCGACACAGACAAGGAGCGCACCAUCCGUCGCAUGCAGCAGAUGGUCGGCCAGUUCGGCAUCUUCAACCCGGCUAUUGCCCUGCCCUUCAGCACCUACAGCAGCUACGCCAACGCUCUGAUGCAGCAGCAGGCCGCCAUCAUGGCCGCCACACAUGGCAGCUACAUGACGCCCAGUGUGGCAUUCCCCACCACUCAGAUCCACCAGGUGGGGGCGCUCAGCAUGAACGGGCUGCCACCCACCUCCCUAACCCCCGUGUCCGGCCUCAGCUCCCCGCCAACCAGCAUCGCUACCUCCGCCGUGCCCAGCAUCGUCACGCCCAUCGUGAAUGGCUUCACAGGCCUACCCCCACAGCCCAACGGCCACCCGGCGGUGGAGGCCGUCUACGCUAACGGCCUGUCCCCCUACUCGGGCCAGAGCCCCACAGCUGCGGACACUCUGCAGCAGGCCUUCACCGGAGUGCAGCAGUACACCGCUAUUUAUCCAGCAACUACACUGACUCCUAUUGGACAAGCACUGCCACAACCAGCUCAGGUGAUCCAGCAGCAGCAAAGGGAAGGACCUGAGGGCUGUAACCUGUUCAUCUACCACCUGCCACAGGAGUUUGGGGACAACGAGCUCAUGCAGACGUUCCUGCCCUUUGGAACGGUCAUCUCCUCCAAGGUGUUCAUGGACAGGGCCACCAACCAGAGCAAGUGCUUUGGCUUCGUCAGCUUUGACAACCCCGCCAGCGCCCAGGCCGCCAUCCAGGCCAUGAACGGCUUCCAGAUCGGCAUGAAGCGGCUAAAAGUGCAGCUGAAGAGACCGAAGGAUGCCAGCCGCCCUUACUGACAGGAGUGAGACUGCCAGCGUGACUUGCCACAGUACAGGUGUUAAGAAGAAGGCAGUCAAGAAGAAAUCUCGAAGGAGUUCAACUUUUUUUUUUUCUAUAAACAAAAUAUUAAACAUAAAAACAAACACAACCUGCAUAAGGGAUUUCGGAGACAUAUCAGUGUUUACUUUUCAAGGACAAACUGCAGCACGGGAGGCUGGGAUACAGUACGUUCCCCUUCUGGAAAACAGGAUCAAUAACAGUCGGGGAUGAUGGAGACACGGAAAAGAAGCAAACUUUUAGCAAGGAGUGAAAAAACAAUAAAUACAGCAACUACAACAAAGACUUUUCUACACACACUUACAAACACAUGCACACGUACAGUACACACACACUUCACAUGUAUAAAGUAAAGGGUGUUUUUGGGCUUUUAGUCUACAGAACAAAUGAGGGUUAAAACUUGAAGAUCAAGAAAACUCAGUAGGAGAGAUCUUCCUGCCUCACUGACAGACUUCCUGUCUCUCUCUCGCUCUUGUUCAGCAAGUGCAGAACUAUGAUUUUCUGAGGUCACGGCAGUUUCCUUAGCAACCGUGGGACUGAAAAUCUCACCCCCCCCCCCCCUUAGGGACCAAGGACCAAAAGUUUUUAUUGUUCUAAACCAUAAUGUAUAUAAUUCACAUUAAUUAUGCUAAAUACCACAAACUACUACUAAUAAUACUGUAUAACGAACAAGAAUAAGACAAAAUAUUAGCUUCAGGGCAAUGGAAGAAAUAGCAUUGAUUUCCUUCACCCAGCCUAUGGAGGUUUUCGAAAAGUUAAACAAAAUGGAAAAAAAACUAAAAAAAGAUUUUAAAUUAUAAUAGGAGAGUAUUUUAAGGUGUUUUAUUGGUGCAGUCUAUGUUGAUUAUCGGUUGAUGUGGGUAUGUUCAGGUUGUUUGCCUAAAAUCAACCACACUCCAUUCAUUAGAGCAUACAGUACAUUCCCAGUUCCAUAUCCUCCUCAUCUCAUCCAUAAUCGCAUCCUAUUCCAGAUCCAUAUCCUCCUCAUCUCAUCCACAGUCGCAUCCAAAUCCAGAUCCAUUUCCUGAUCUCAUCCACAAUCGUAUCCAAAUCCAGAUCCAUAUCCUCCUCAUCUCAUCCACAAUCGCAUCCAAUUCCAGAUCCAUAUUCUCCUCAUCUCAUCCACAAUCGCAUCCUAUUCCAGAUCCAUAUCCUCCUCAUCUCAUCCACAAUCGCAUCCUAUUCCAGAUCCAUAUUCUCCUCAUCUCAUCCACAAUCGCAUCCUAUUCCAGAUCCAUAUCCUCCUCAUCUCAUCCACAAUCACAUCCAAAUCCAGAUCCAUAUCCUCCUCAUCUCAUUCACAAUCGCAUCCAAAUCCAGAUCCAUAUCCUCCUCAUCUCAUCCACAAUCGCAUCCAAAUCCAGAUCCAUNUCCUCAUCUCAUCCACAAUCACAUCCAAAUCCAGAUCCAUUUCCUCCUCAUCUCAUCCACAAUCACAUCCGAUUCCUGAUCCAUUUCUUCCUCAUCUCAUCCACAAUCGCAUCCAAUUCCAGAUCCAUUUCCUCCUCAUCUCAUCCACGAUCUCAUCCAAUUCCAGAUCCAUUUCCUCUACAUAUCAUUCUUGAUUGCAUGCAUUUCCAGAUCUUUUUCCUCCACACUUCAUCCAUGAGACCAUCUUUUCCCAUUUCCAUUUCCUGCACAUUUCAUACAUGGGAACAUCUCUUCCCUGAUCAGAUUCCUCUACACUUGAACCAUUGAUACAUUCCCGCACUAUCCAUGGGGGCAUACAUUCCCAGAGUAAUUUUCUCCACCCUUCAUUCAUGGGAUCAUCUAUUUAAUCCACACAAUAGUGUGAUUGCAUCCAGCAAACUUUUGAAGCUUUGACAUGGAUUAGGUACUUUAAAAUACUUCAGAUAAUUUGUAAGGCAGGCCAGUUUUGAACUGCAUAAAUCCACUGGUGUGAGGAAAAGGUUAGAUGACUAAAUCCAUAUGCAGUAGUAAGAUACUCUGCCACUUCUAUUACAAAUGGUCUUUUUACAAAAUGAUUUGCCUCAUUGCUGCAGAGCAUGCUGGCAGUUACACGCAGUGACACUGGCAGUUACACGCAGUGACGUGUUUUGUAUGAGAGUGUUUCUGGACUUUUAGCCUGUGUGGGUCCUACUAAUAAACCACGGCUGCCCUCACCAGUCAAGGCUAAUGCACCUGCAGCCGGAUUACCAGUGGCGGGACAGAUUGAUGAGGCUGUGAUUCAAAUUGAGCUCGUUAUUCCGCUCCGUUUCAGCUGUAAAAAUACAGUAAUACUCCGAGAAUUCCUUCGUUAGGUGGGUGGUGUAUGAUCCGAGGAGGCAUCAACUUAUAGAAGAUACACCAAAAGCAAAACAACAACAGCAAGAUCUGUUAGUAAAAAACUUAUCAUAUGUAAACAUGCUGUACUAUGUAGGUUGAGCAGUCAGAUGCAGUUAGAUGCACUAAAAAUCUUUUACUUUUUAAUAAAACCCACCAAUUGCCUAGAGGCUGGUUAUAAAACUGCCACACAGCCGUCCCUGUCCCCAGUUCACCCUCUCAGUCUCCAUUCCAUGGCACCAAGUCUUCUCUACCUGCCCCUGCCUUGCAGAUCACAUUGGUGAGGGCCAAGGCAUGAGCAAUCAAUGGCACCAGGGUAUCUCUACCUGGCCCGGCCUUGCAGAUCACAUUGGCGGGAGCCAAGGCAUGAGCAAUCGAUGACCAAAUAAAGGCGGGUCAUUGCUCUCAGGCUUUCUGCAUAGACAUGCGAGAGGUGCACUUCCCAGAGUCUGUCUAUCGGUAUCAGCCCCAGGAAACUGUGAACAGCAGAUGGCUGAAGCAGGGCCUGAAGGUAUAGACUAGAGCAGUAGAGCAGAGUGGUGAGACCAGCAGUUUUACAGGGUCCAAUAGGUUAUGGACAGCACAACCUCUCACCGUGAGAGAGCAGAAGUCGUAAACUGUAUCACAGGUGUGAAAAAGCCCACUCAUAAAGAACGUGAGCUUUUAACUAUUCCAAUGUUUCACAACCCAGUCCACAGGGACCGCCCCAGACACAGCAGUGCUGGAAGCAGGGGUGCUGAGGGUGCUUCAGCGCCCCCUAUUGUCUGUUUCAUGGAAAAAAUACUGAGCAUUAACUAUCUUGCAAUAGGCCAGAGGCGACUUUGUGAUUAUUUCCCCGCGUUGUUAGCUGUUGAUAGCUACCGAUGAUACAAAAGAACUUCCGUAAGGUCAUUCCGAUUUGCAAUACCCUGAGCUCAAAACGUCUUCUCGCACCUGUACCCGAACAGUUCACAUUUCUGCUCCCUCCCAGCUCCAGCAGGUCUUAGGUUCUUGGUUGUUUGGGUCAGGUGUGCUGGGAGGGAGCAAAAAUGUGGACUGUCUGGGGGUCCCCAAGGACUGGGUUAAGAAGCUCGGAACUACUCCAACCAAAGCUAAAAGUCACUCUCAAUUAAAAGGAGCAACUCAUUUUAUACAUGUUAAUCUGCUUAGGGCAGCAGACCCUAAAUGUAGUGUCAUUGCAUUGGCUACUAUUGUGGGUUUUUUCCGUUCAGGUAGAAUUCACGUGUAAAUCUUUGUAUGUAUAUAUGUAUUUAUUUUUGGGCUGAUUUAGUGCUGGUUUUUAUUGCCACACCAAUUCACAUUUCCACACCAUGUACCCAGCCCCGUACCCCCCCCCCCAGGGGGAAACUAACCCCCUUAAAGGUGCCAGUCACAGCCAGCUGUCGGUGUUAAACAUUAGAUGCCUUUCAGGGACACAUUGCCAAACCGUGGGUGGGGGCUGCAGGGACACCAUGCCAAAAAUGUGAAUAGCAUGCGGGGGGGUGGCGGAUCCUCUCUAACCACAAAUCCAAAUUAUUGCAUAUCUGUUUUUAAGGUUAAGUCAAAUUAUACUGCAUUUUUGAUCUGUUUCUAAGAAUUCUUGUUGCUGGGAUGUGCGCCAGUUAUAUACAUAUGCAGGAUUUAUAGAAAACAAAACUUUAAAAAAGUAACUUUCAUGCUCCACCAUACUCCCCAUACUAGACUGAGAGUAACAUUACUAUUUCCGUGAAGAACAAGCACAUAUCAGAUUGCUUCUUUGCUAGUUUCUCUUAUUUUCUUCCAUGGUUUGCUUGACAGCUAAAAGACACAUAUAAUCAAGACAAGAUCAAAUUAGGGAUUGGAAAUUGCAAAUGUAUUUAAGAGUUCCCUGUCAUGAUACAUUUGCGUAAAGUUUAAGUAAAAAUUAAAUUUUGUAUUGCACAACACUGAUUAAAAAACAAAACCCCCAUGCCAAUAUACUUAUUUAAAAUGUAGUUUUAUGUAUUUAUUUGAUUUUCUGAGGAACUAACAACCUAUUUGCUCAAAGAUGGUUCGCAUUGGGUUAUCUAGCUAACAGCUGUAAGUUCUCAUGUUAUGAGGUGAGCUAUUCACCAGAAUGAGCUGGUCAGUGAAUUAGACAUCAAUCGGCAGUUUUUAACUAGCUCUGUUGACAUAGUGGCCAGUAAUGUACAUUUUGCAUUUUGUGCUUGUUUGUGGAAUCAUGUUUUUAAAAAAUAUUUAUUUAUUUUCAAGCUAUAAUUAGCUAUCUUUAUUUGCAUCAUUUUUCAUUUCCGUUCAUGACGCACACUCGAUCCCCGGGCAGGAGCAUGGAGGUUCACCAGCUGUUAUACUGGGAAUACUGGUAAUGGGAAUCUCCAAAUAUGGCUUGAAUGCAAUGAAACAUGUAUGGGAGCCUGUUAUGAAAUGCUUAGGGGAAUGUGUUAGCACAGAAUGUUUGUUAUGGGCGCUGAUUCAUGACUCCAGCUCCGGCUGCUUUUUGCAGAUCAUGUUCAACUGGUUUCUCAGCACAAAAAAAAAAAAAAAAAAAACAGAAAUCAGAUGUCAGAUGGAAUGACAGGAUAUUUCAGUGUUGUUGCAAAAACUAGGUUUCCAGGUUAUUAACAUUUUGAGAGUAACUCUACACAGCACAGCAGACUUCAGAAAGAGGAGCAUCAUUUUUUACCCUAAGGUUCAGUAACAGCCUGAAAAACCAUUUUCCCUUUUUCAAAUGUCUCUGCUUCUUGCUGCUUUGACAAUUUAAUAUUAAUAUGGUUUAACUUAUUGAUGACUAUUUAUAUUACCUAUUUAUUUAAAUGUUUUUUUUUUCUGUUACUUGUUUAUUUCUGAUCUGCAUUACUUGAUUAUUUCUGGUUUAAAGAGAUGUAUAAAAGGAGCUGUUUUCUUAGUCUUUUCUCUUCGAUUUUACAAUAAAGAUUUAAAUGGUA